AUGCAGCAGCUGAAAAAAAAGAAUGUCAAAGUUCUGACCGAAAAAGUGCUGCUGCUCCUCAACCGAGGAGACGACCCCGUGUGUAUGUUCAAGCACAUGCCGCCCGCGCCUCACGCCGUGCUCAAGUUCCUGCAGGAUGUCUUCGCCAGUCAAGAGACGGCCGACAUCUUUUACCGCACCGACAUGAUGGUGAUGAUUGACAUAGCGGUGCGGCAGAUCUCUGACCUUUCACCCGGAGACAAGGUGAGCUGGGGAGACACUAAAAAGUGCAUAAAAUCACUAUGAUAAUUCCCGGGCCCUGUGUCUUAAAAUCGACUCAGAAAUGUUAUGCUAUUUGAAAAAGAUAACAAGUUUUUGUCUCAUGCCAAGCUAGUGACUUAUUAGUCAGUCUCAAGCUUCAAAGUC